AUGGCCUGCGUGGCGGCGGAUCGCGCCAGCUCGCAUUUCAUGCGGACUGGCGCAUUUACCCACUUCGCCGAAUGGCGCUUCAUCCAUCGCGCCAGCCUGAACCUGCUGCACCUCAACGGCGCCACCAUGUGGGGACCCCCGGACCGUCACCAGCGAUGUCGCACCUGUGGAUACCAGCGGGAGACCCUGCCGCACGUGCUGUGCCACUGCAAGGCGAGGAGCGCCUUGUACACGGCGCGGCACAAUGCAGUGGUCGCCCGCCUCCGUGCCGCAGCGGCCGCCAACUACUCGGUGGCCUGUGAGAAUCGGCCGGUCGGAGACACGGGCUUGCGGCCCGACCUUCUGCUGGUACGCGGCGAGGAGGCGCUUGUCAUCGACGUGGCGUGUCCGUUCGAGAACACGCCAGCCGCCUUCGCCAACACCCGCAACGACAAGACCGCCAAAUACGAGCCCGUCGCCGCACACCUCCGGCGCCGCUACCUAGGUGUCGCGGUGGCAGCAGCCAUCGUGGGAGCUCUCGGCGCCUGGGACCCCGAGAACGACCGUGUGCUGCGCCACAUCUGUUCUCGCCCCUACGCUCGCCUCUUCAAGAAGCUUUGCGUGAGCGAGGUGAUCGCGGCGUCCCGCGCGGUGUACCACGUGCACCUGCGGCCCAGCCGCUCGUAA